GAUCAGACAACAUAUCCAAGGCCCACCGGUGACGGAAUCUUAGAUGGAUCAUCUACAACAACAACUACAGUGGGAAAUGGAAACAUUGACUGGUCUUACUAUCCUCAUGAUCAGACAACAUAUCCAAGGCCCACCGGUGACGGAAUCUUAGAUGGAUCGUCUACAACAACAACUACAGUACGAGAUGGAAACAUUGACUGGUCUUACUAUCCUCAUGACCAAUCACCAUAUCCAAAUCCUAGUGAUAAUAGACCUCAAAAUAUUGGUUGGAAUAUUACAUGGGUAACGACUGGGCAGAAACCAAAACCUACAACGACUCUAAAACCCACAUCUAUCCAUUAUCCUCAGAAUGGGGAAUUGACAUAUACCUGGAUCAUCCAAAACCUUGAUUCAAAUGGGCAGCUACCACAUGAGCUACUUCCAAAUCCACAACCUCUGUAUAAUAGGCCUAAUGGAGUUGGUUGGAAUAUUACAUGGGUAACAACUGGGCAGAAACCCAAACCAACUACAACUGAAAAACCAAAAUCAAUCCACUAUCCUCAGAAUGGAGAAUUGUCAUACACCUGGAUCGUACAGAAUAUGACUCCAAAUGGGGAGUUACCACUACAAAUACCUCCAAAACCCGUAUCUAUCCAUUAUCCUCAGAAUGGGGAAUUGACAUACAUCUGGAUCAUCCAGAACCUUGAUCCAAAUGGACAGCUACCACACGAGCUACCUCCAAGACCACCUCAAACACAACCGUUGUAUAAUAGGCCAAAUGGAGUUGGAUGGAAUAUUACAUGGGUAACAACUGGGCAGAAACCCAAACCAACUACAACUGAAAAACCAAAAUCAAUCCACUAUCCUCAGAAUGGAGAAUUGUCAUACACCUGGAUCCUACAGAAUAUGACUCCAAAUGGAGAAUUACCAUUACAAAUACCUCCAAAACCCGUAUCCAUCCAUUAUCCUCAGAAUGGGGAGUUGACAUACAUCUGGAUAAUCCAGAACCUUGAUUUAAAUGGGCAGCUACCGCAUGAGCUACCUCCAAGACCACCUCAAACACAACCUUUGCAUAAUAGGCCUAAUGGAGUUGGUUGGAAUAUUACAUGGGUAACAACUGGGCAGAAACCCAAACCAACUACAACUGAAAAACCAAAAUCAAUCCACUAUCCUCAGAAUGGAGAAUUGUCAUACACCUGGAUCGUACAGAAUAUGACUCCAAAUGGAGAGUUACCAUUACAAAUACCUCCAAAACCCGUAUCCAUCCAUUAUCCUCAGAAUGGGGAGUUGACAUACAUCUGGAUAAUCCAGAACCUUGAUUCAAAUGGGCAGCUACCGCAUGAGCUACCUCCAAGACCACCUCAAACACAACCUUUGUAUAAUAGGCCUAAUGGAGUUGGUUGGAAUAUUACAUGGGUAACAACUGGGCAGAAACCAAUACCAACUACGACUGAAAAGCCCAAAUCUAUUCACUAUCCUCAGAAUGGAGAAUUGUCAUACACCUGGAUCGUACAGAAUAUGACUCCAAAUGGAGAAUUACCAUUACAAAUACCUCCAAAACCCGUAUCCAUCCAUUAUCCUCAGAAUGGGGAGUUGACAUACAUCUGGAUAAUCCAGAACCUUGAUUCAAAUGGGCAGCUACCGCAUGAGCUACCUCCAAGACCACCUCAAACACAACCUUUGUAUAAUAGGCCUAAUGGAGUUGGUUGGAAUAUUACAUGGGUAACAAAUGGGCAGAAACCAAUACCAACUACGACUGAAAAGCCCAAAUCUACUCACUAUCCUCAGAAUGGAGAAUUGUCAUACACCUGGAUCGUACAGAAUAUGACUCCAAAUGGGGAGUUACCACUACAAAUACCUCCAAAACCCGUAUCUAUCCAUUAUCCUCAGAAUGGGGAGUUGACAUACAUCUGGAUAAUCCAGAACCUUGAUUCAAAUGGGCAGCUACCGCAUGAGCUACCUCCAAGACCACCUCAAACACAACCUUUGUAUAAUAGGCCUAAUGGAGUUGGUUGGAAUAUUACAUGGGUAACAACUGGGCAGAAACCAAUACCAACUACGACUGAAAAGCCCAAAUCUAUUCACUAUCCUCAGAAUGGAGAAUUGUCAUACACCUGGAUCGUACAGAAUAUGACUCCAAAUGGGGAGUUACCACUACAAAUACCUCCAAAACCCGUAUCUAUCCAUUAUCCUCAGAAUGGGGAAUUGACAUACACAUGGGUCAUAAAGAACAUGAAUCCAAAUGGGCAAUUACCAGCCGAAAUACCUCGACCACCGCCUGAAACACUGAAUAAACCACCAAAUGGUGGUAAAUUUACAUACACCUGGUCAGGAUCAUCCAAUGGACAACUUCCACCAGGAAUACCUCAAAUCCCUGGAAUGCCUCCAAUUCCAAUUCCAAUACCUAACGGAAAGCCAGGUCAAACCACAAUUAAAUGGACAACAACAGUAGGUGGCAAACCCAACACCCAACAAACAAACCAGGUUCCAAAUAAACCUCAGGGAUUGAUCCAACAAUUCCUCGGAGGAAUUCAAUCUGGGUUAACCCAACAACCUUUUAAAAAUCAAGGCAACCAACAACCUGUUCAAACGACAAUUAAAUAUACUACAAGUCCAAAUGGCAAACCUAUAAAUGGACAGAUUCAAAAUCAACCCAACGUACAGCAAUUUGUUACUCCUCCUAAGAACCAACAACAAUUUCCACAGGGAACCUACCCACAAGCGGGGUCAAACCAGGUUCCAAAUAAACCUCAGGGAUUGAUCCAACAAUUCCUCGGAGGAAUUCAAUCUGGGUUAAACCAACAACCUUUCCAGUCGGGAGGCCAGCAACCACAACAAACUAAUAAUCCCAAUCAAUUUGGUUCAACGGGAAAUUCUGGGCUGAAUUUUAAUUUGGGGGCAAAUUUGAACUUUGGAAAUAAUAGAGUACAACAACAACAACAGCCCCAACAAAAUUUGAACUUUGGAAAUAAUAGAGUACAACAACAACAGCCCCAACAAAAUUUGAACUUUGGAAAUAAUAGAGUACAACAACAACAACCCCAACAAAACAUGUUUUGGGGAUAGUUAUAACCUUCCAAAUGGAACCCUAUGUUAUUAAUGAAAUUGAGAAAAGAGA